GGAAUACUCGCGCUCACCAUGGCUGCUGCUGCCAGGACCCUUCGCAUAGGCCUCAUCCCCGGAGAUGGCAUCGGACGGGAAGUCAUCCCGGCCGGUAGACGACUUCUUGAGUCUCUCCCAUCGUCCCUGAACCUGAAGUUCAGCUUCGUCGACCUGGACGCUGGCUUCGACACGUUCAAGCGGACUGGAACCGCCCUCCCGGACAAGACCGUCGAGGUUUUGAAGAAGGAGUGUGACGGCGCUCUCUUUGGGGCUGUUAGCUCCCCUACCACCAAAGUUGCGGGCUACUCCUCACCGAUCGUCGCCCUUCGCAAGAAGCUGGAUCUCUAUGCCAAUGUCCGACCGGUUAAGACGACGGCAGGCAGUUCGGGGGAGCCCAUUGAUCUUGUCAUCGUCCGUGAGAACACCGAGGAUCUCUACGUGAAGGAGGAACGUACCCAUGACACUCCCGAGGGCAAGGUCGCUGAGGCCAUCAAGCGCAUUUCCGAACGCGCUUCGUCCCGGAUUGCCACAAUGGCAGGCGAAAUUGCUCUUCGCCGCCAGAAGAUCCGUGAUGCCGCACCUGUCUCCACCCGGUCCAAGCCUAUGGUCACCAUCACCCACAAGUCCAACGUCCUGUCCCAGACCGAUGGAUUGUUCCGGGAGACGGCUCGCAAGGCUCUUGCAGCCGAGCGCUUUGCUUCGGUUGUGAAAGAGGAGCAGAUUGUCGACUCUAUGGUCUACAAGAUCUUCCGCCAGCCUGAGUACUACGAUGUCAUCGUGGCUCCCAAUCUGUACGGCGAUAUCCUGUCCGACGGUGCUGCUGCCCUUGUCGGAAGCUUGGGUCUCGUCCCCAGUGCCAACGUCACUGAUGGCUUUGCUAUCGGCGAGCCUUGCCAUGGAAGUGCCCCUGAUAUCGAGGGCAAGGGUAUUGCGAACCCCAUCGCCACCCUGCGCAGUGUAGCGUUGAUGCUGGAGUUCUUGGGCGAAGAGGCUGCCGCUGCAAAGAUCUAUACGGCCGUGGAUGCCAACCUGGACGAGGGCAAGCUCCUGUCUCCUGAUCUUGGUGGAAAGGCGUCAACUGAAGAGGUCCUGAACGAUGUGCUGAAAAGGCUGUAAGAAAAAAUGUCGUGGGCAGAGAUGUAUAGUAUCAGAGAAGACCUUUGUUUCCUUGAAUGAAAAAUAUCCGUCCGGUAUGGUGAUCACCGGAGCACUGUCAAAAUUCGUACUUUCUAGAGAAUGGUGCGAUUCUUUUUGUUAAAUGAGGUUUCACCAUCGAGAGUAGGUUCAAACGACUGUUUCGGGUUAGUGGCCCAAGCACCACCCAGACACGUCUGGAG